AUGUCGAACCUUACAAAACUUGAAUUUGCGGCCCUUGAUAUUACUGGAAAGAACUAUUUGUCUUGGGUGCUAGAUGCUGAAAUUCACCUAGAUGCAAAAGACCUUGGUGAUACAAUCAAAGAAGGAAAUAAAGCAACAAGUCAAAACAAAGCUAAGGCUAUGAUAUUUCUUCGCCACCACCUCCAUGAGUUGAAAUUAUGUGGAGAGAAAAUCACUGAUGCAGAAAUGCUAGAGAAAACAUACACUACCUUUCAUGCGAAUAAUGUUGUCCUGCAGACACAAUACCGUGAAAAGGAAUUUAAGAAAUAUUCUGAACUUAUAUCUUGUCUCCUUGUGGCUGAGCAAAAUAAUGAGCUACUGAUGAAAAAUCAUGAAUCACGUCCAACUGGUUCUGCUCCAUUCCCUGAAGCGAAUGCGACAUCCCAUAAUGGGAAAGAAAAAUAUCAUGCCAACAAUAGUGGUCGAGGACGUGGACGUGGACGUGGAUAUGGACAUGGUCGAGGUCGUGGACGUGGAUACGGAUAUGGUCGAGGUCGAGGCCGAGGUGGUUCUUUCCAGAAUUCAUAUUCCCACCAGAAGGGGGACAAUAAAGAUGAUAACAAACAAGAGAAAGAUAAAAAUGAGAACGUGACCAAUGUAUGUUACAGAUGUGGAGGAAAAGGUCAUUGGUCUCGUACGUGUCGUACACCAAAACACUUGGUUGACCUCUAUCAACAAUCAUUGAAGCAAAAGGGAAAGAAAUUAGAAACAAAUCUUGUGUACGAAGAUGGCGAAGGUGACUUUGAUUGUGGCAAUACAACUCACCUGGAAGUUGCUGAUUUCUUCACCACCCCUGAAGGGAAUAAUAAUCCUUAG